AUGGAGAAAAAGAGAACAGAGUUAUCGCGCGCCAAGACGGUUGACGAGUUUGAUGUCGUCCUCCAGGGGUCAGCUGAGCACCUUGAGGCUAUCAGAGAGCUACACUCGUAUCAAGAAGCGAAGAGUCGGGAGCUAAAGGAGCAACAUGGGAGUGUCUAUGCCGACAUCGAGAAGGUCAAAGCGGAACUGGACACACUGGCCGCCGAAAUUCACCAAAUCACGGCCCACGCUGUUUCGCUUGAUGCGUCCUUUGACCGAUAUGGGUACUCGGCACAUCUGAGGACGAAAGACGACAACUCUGAGACAGCUUCCUUCCAUGGCGGUCACACUUCGGCCCGCGAUAAGCAUGAAGAUCGUAGCACUGAAGCUCUCAAGCUUGUGCGCCGGCCUGCCAUCCGCCAAUAUUUCCACAAGGGCUUGCUCUGGAGGUCGGCCAAGGCAGGCGAGGUCGCCUCCUUCGAGCUCUUCGUCGAUCUCGUCUAUGUCGGAGUCAUCGAUAUUGUCGGAGAGAGAGCUGUCGAACAUGCCGGCGGCUUGUCUCUGCUCCAUUUCAUCAUCAUCUUCAAUAUCGGAUGGAGGAUUUGGAGCGACCUGUCUUUGAUCGUGAAUUAUUUCGAGAUUGACGACAUCUUCCACCGACUCAGCGUCAUCUUCUAUCUCGUUUGCCUAUUUGGCUUCACGAUAAACAUUGCUUACGUGUUCGAAUCAACGUAUACAUCCGCCAUUGCCUUCUACGUUGCUCAGCGACUCUUUGCCGCCGUGUGGUACGUGGGCACGGGCAUUCUGCUACCGAAUAUACGCGGGACCAUGGUGGCCAUGGCCAUGAUGGUUCUGGUCUCUUCCGUAGUCUGGAUUGCCAGCAUACAGGUGGACUGGCCCGAUCAGCUGGCACUGAUUUUCAUUGGCCUUGCAUUCGACGCACUCGGCGGCGUCUUGUUAAUCUAUCUCGUGAAGAAUGCGGACCGCCGGAGAAUUCUCAAGCCCGUUGCAAGGUACUUUGAGUUCUUCCCGGCCAUCAACAUUGAGCACCGUGUGGAGCGCAACAAUGCAUUUGUGUCACUGGUCUUUGGCUACUCCAUCCUUACCAUCCUGUUUCAGUCAAGAGCUUCAUUUGGGAUCCACGCCUUCUUUGGCAAAGGAGUCCUUGGUCUGAUCCAAGCGUUCACCUUUAACUGGAUCUAUUUCGAAAUCGAUGCUUACCGCGUUCAUGUUCACGCUAUCCGACGUCAUGCUAUCAGCAGCACAGUCUGGACAAUGGCUCAUCUCCCGUUUAUCAUGGGAUACGUGCUGGCAGCAGCGACGCUGUCGCAGCUUGUCCUGGCACACGACUGCGCUGAUGCCAACCCGGAAGAUCUGGGAGAGCAGUACGAGGCGAGAAGCGCCCCGGUCGUCCCCAAACCACUUCGAUGGUUCUACUGCUGUGGACUAGGGGUUGCACUCAUCUCAAUGGCAGUGAUAUCCUUCUGUCACAUCCAUAAACGCCUGCCUAAUGCCCGACUCCGCAAACGUCCCCGACUGGCCAUUCGCGUUGGCGCGGCUGUCAUCAUCAUGUGUCUCCCUCUCGCAGACUCAGACUCCCUUUCGUCCCUGGAUCUCAUCUCCAUUACCUGUGCGCUGGUGUUCUUUGUCCUCGUCCUCGAUCUUUUUGGUAACACGUGCGAGGGCGAUAGUUUCUGGACCGGCGGCUUCUGUUCCCAAGAAAAGAAGAGCCGCGUAUAUACCGCCAAUUGCAGAUUGGGCAAGCGGCGACGACGCGAGAUCGAGAAAGCAAUCCAGAGAGGGGAAAAGGUGUCCUUGCCCGACAUAAUGAAAAGAAACCCGAGCACGAGCAGCGUCGAGAGCGAGGAAAGCGCCGCCGAAACCUGGCACGGUGGACAUUAUUGA